CUCACCGGGACCGGAAUGGCGCUUGGCGUCGAACGCUGGAAUAGGAAGCUGACGUGCGAAACUUUAAGGAAACAAUUCUGUCCGACCAGCCCAAAAUGAACUGCAGUCCCUUAACCUCCAGCCUUUUUAUGGGAGAGCUGCUCUGAGAGUGAAGAUGAUCAGCUGUCGUGGACGCACAAACAAGAACUGAGGGAUUCACUCUUUGAUAUGUACAAAGCUAAUCCUAAAGUCAAUGAAGAACUGAAACAAAGGUUUCCGUCCCCCGUAAGGCACCAUUGUUCAGAGACCACACCACAACUUGGAUCCGCUGAAGGAGAUUCUACGUCCCACACUAAGAGUUUAUCCAAAGCUUUGGAGGAAAAGCUCAAACCAGUACCAAAGAGUCCUCGUCCCGGUGAAGGUUUGGCACGCAAACCCCCUCCGCCCCCACCUGCACCUGGCCUGACUGCAUCUGAAGUGAGAAAAAUGGAGCAGAAACCGUCUCCGCAGAGAACCACAGCACAGCAGGAACAGGACAAAAGUGAGACGGCCGGGAGUCCGGUCCACACACCUCACAUCAGCAGAUCUGCAUCCACCGCACUCAGCUUAAGGAAAGCUCAGGAGGACCAAGAGAAUUCCAAAGUUGUCAGCGACUCCAGAAAGCAAAUCCCAGCUCUGGAUAAAGAGAAGAACAUUGCGUUUCUCCUAAAGGAGCUGGAUUCCCUUCGAGACCUCAAUAAGAAGCUGCAAGACAAGUUGGCAUUGAAGGAGAAGGAGCUGGAAACCAAACUUCUGGACUGUCAGCUUCAGGAGGCCGAGCUUGAGGCCCAGGCCAACGAGAGAGCAUCAGUGUUAGUAGAGGAGAUCUAUAAGGCUCAGAGGGAGAGAGAUCAGGCUGUGAUGGCCAGACUGCGUUUGGCUAACGAGGAGAGAGAUGAAGCUUUACUCCGGGCCAAGAAGCUUCAGGAGGCGUCGAUUGAGCUGGAGAAUAUUAAACCCGAGGACAGUAAUGUGGACCUGGAAGAGUUGUUGAACAGAGUCAACAGCGCCGAGUCUGCCCUCGAUAUCGAGGAGAGCGGAGCGGCCAUCAUCCAACAGAUCCAGCGGGCCAGAGAGCGCCGCUCGCAGAUCACCUCAGAGGAGAUGAAAGCAGUCAUAGAGGAGCGAGAUACCGCUUUAUCUCGGUGCAAACGUCUGGAACAAGAGCUUCUUCGUGCAAAAGAGCCAAGCCAUAAUACUGCAAACAGCACCCGCCACCUGGCCCCCCAAAACAAUCGGGAACGAUGGAACAAGCUUGAAGAGGAGCUGGUGGAAGCCCGAAGAGAACGAGAUAAAGCCCUGGAGCUCAGUCGCACACUUGAAGAGGAGUUAGAAACCUUACGCAGUCUGCUGCAGAGUAAAGCUGAUGAGAGCGCUCACGACAGGCCCGCCACCCCGAACCAAAGCCAGAUUCAGUCUCUGCAGCGUCAUCUGCACCAGGUGACAUCAGAACACCAGCGCGCUCAGACUCAACUCUGCCUGGCCCAGGAAAGAGAGAGAGAGGCCAGUGAGAAAGUUCAGAGGUUGGAACGGCUGGUGGAGGUGUUAAGGAAGAAAGUUGGAACCGGCAGCGUCCGGACGGUGAUCUGACUGACUGGCCGCCGGGCGACCCGAGCAGACGGCCACAUCUGGUGACCAGGCUGCAGCGUUUAACUCUGAGCAAACAGCCGAAGCCCGGCCUGCGCAAACACAGGCUGAGAAGUGGCGUUCUGCCUCUGUCCUGUUCUCAUUGCAGAAACUGGAUCGUAAAUGUUUAACCUCAUUCACUCUGCAGCCACCAAUGAACAUUCCUCUGUCAGCCCUUUAACACAUUUAACACACUUUUCUGCUCCUUGGGUCGUUUUUUAUCUUAUGAUGUCUGGUCAGGUUGAGCAAGGGACAUUUAAAUGGAGAAUUACUUGGUCAGUUUCCUUUUAAAUCCAGCUAUUUGAUGGAGCAGGCUGGAUUUUUUUGUAAAGUUUGUUUAAAAGAUUAUAACCUGAUUUUCAGGGAUUUUUCAUGAUCCUGUUUUUCUUAAUUACUGAAUGGAAAAUCGACAACAGGAGCAAACCCAAUAAGUAUUUCUCAUUGAAUCUUGUUCAGUAUUUACUAUUAAUUAAAAAAGGUUUUUGUGCUCUUGA